UUUUGAUUUACAGUUUCACAACAAACAACAUUUUACUUCAGUAAGAAGUCUUCAUUAUUUACACCGCAAAAGAUUUACAUCAAUCUGAAAGUUUAAAAAGGAUAGAAUCAAGAUACAAUAACACUUGCAAUAACAAUGAGUAUCGAGUGGAGUCUCGAAUCUGUCAAAAUUUUAGUAGAAAAUGUCGAAAAGUACCCAUCGCUGUACGAUGGCCUCACAACCUACAACAACUCCGGGCCGAUACAGGAAAUAUGGGACCUCAUAGCGGAAUCAGUCGGAAAUGGAGCAACUGGCUUCAUUUGCAAACGUCGCUGGCAAGUCCUUCGAAACGCGUACCGCAACCAUGUCAAGUUCGGUUACAAGGUGUCACCGUACGGAAUAGAGCCGCACCUUGGGUUUAUGAGGCCUUUUUUCCGCUCGAAAGCCGAACUGCAGGCCAAAAAUAACCCGGAGGAUUCGCUAGAGUACUGCAAAAAAUUGACGCAAAUCGUGCAAGAGUAUCCCCACCUGUACUUCGAUAACCGGUCCACCGCAAGCAGUGACGAUUGGCAGGAGGUGGCCACCCGAAUGGGGAACGGAGACUCUCCGGAGCAAUGCACGGCCCACUGGAGCAGACUGCGAACGCGGUACAGCUACCACCUGAAGCGAGGCUACAAAAUGAGACCGGCGGGGCUCGAGCAGGACCUAAAGUUUAUGGCCCCACUGUUGGCAGCCCGUGAGGAGGCCACCCUAGAGACUACCAUAAUGUUGGUCGACCUCGUUCGUGAUCAUCCUAUUCUCUACCAGCACGGAAAUGUAAAAGAGCAUCAAGAUGUUUGGAAAAAUGUGGCUGAAAUGAUGGGGAGUGGAGCAACGGCCCAGGACUGCGAGAACCACUGGAGGAGCCUGCGGUAUGCGUACACCAAAUGUCUGCAGAAGGGUUUCGCGAUGCGGCAGAGCGGCAUUGCGGAACAUUUGGAAUUUUUGAAGCCGUACCUGAAGCUACCGGAAGGCGCCGACUCGGAACCGGCGGCAAAGAAGAUCAGCCUGGUAAAGAAGCCGCAGAAGUGGGAGUUGAGGCGGGAAGCGGCCGUAGCGGCCAUCCAGAGGCAUAAACAUUUGAAAUUUGACGGGGAGGACGAAGAUACGCUGUUCUUGUUUGAACUUUUGCCGGAUAUCGCGAAAAUGAACGACACGGACAAGAUGGCGUUCAAAGUGGGCGCGGUUCAGCUGGCUCAAGAGUUUGUGAACGGAUGAAUACAUGAUUUUCUCAAUAAAGGAAAGUUUUAAACAUGA